AUGCCGCGCGGUCACAAGCCGCCCAUUCCGCGCCGAGAGCGCCCAUCCGCGUCCACAAGCCGAUCCCGUCCGCGUCCACAACGCCAUCCCAGCGUCCACAAGCCGCCAUGCCGCCCACCCGCCCGCGUCCACAAGCCGCCCAUCCCGCGUCCACAAGCCGCCCAUCCCGCGUCCCGCCGCCCAUCCACAAGCCGCCCAUCCCGCGUCCGUGCCGCCCCCCCCCCCUCGCGCCCCAGCCACAGCGCGGCCGCGGGUCGCCACAACCACAAAGCAUCAAGAGCUCUCCCAUCCCGCGUCCAAAGCCGACCAUCAUUCAUCCACAAUCAGAGCCGCCCAAAGCACAACCAUUCCGCGUCCAAAAUCCGCGUCCACAAGCCACCCAUCCGCGCCCGAGCGUCGCCGCCCAGCGGCGCCAUUACGUUCGCCCCAAAUCAAGAAGCUUCCCCAGCGCCAAAGUAUUAUCACCGCAUUAGCUAA